AUGGCAAAAGUGUUUAUUCAAGAUCUCUGGCAACUGAAGCUGACAUGGGAUGAAGCAUUACCAGCCGAUUUGAAUGAGAGAUGGACAACAUUUCGAAAUGAUUUGCAAAAAUUGGACAACAUGCAAGUUUCACGGCACGUGUUUGAAGGAUACAUCCCAGCAAAAAUUCAAAUUCAUGUCUUCUCCGACGCAUCAGAAAAGGCAUAUGGUGCUGCGAUUUACAUUAGAUCCGAGCUGGAUGAGGGACGAGCACAAGUGAGGCUGCUCUGUGCAAAAUCUCGUGUGGCACCCUUGAAACGGCAAACUAUUCCUCGGCUUGAGCUCUGUGCAUCAGUACUGGGUGCUCAACUAACUACAAGGGUCAAAUCAGACCUUAAGCUAGACGAUGUGGCUACAUACUUUUGGACUGAUUCACAAAUCGUGUUGGCAUGGAUUAACUCAUCCUCAGCAUCAUACCAAACAUUUGUGGCAAACCGUAUAGCUGUUAUUCAUGAGCACACUACCGCUGAACAAUGGCGGCAUAUAAGCUCAAAAGACAACCCAGCUGGCAUUCUAUCACGAGGACUGCCGCCGGGGAGACUAGAAACCUGCAAUAUGUGGUUUUAUGGGCCAACAAUCUUGCUUGGUAAAGAAGACACUUGGCCUUCAAAGUGUUCCAAGGCAUUAUCAGUAAUCGACGAAGGUAUCAACAUGGAACGGAAAGGGGUGACAUCAGUCGCUGUUGCAACCACUGGACAUGAAGGAAGCGUACUUUAUAGCAUUCGACACAAUGGCUCUUUCAAAACAUUACAAAGAGUGACAGGCUACAUGCUGAGAUUUAUCAACCAGGCCAGAAACCAAUCGCGGGAGUCAGACAUUCCCUUGACGGUACACGAAUUGGAAAAAGCGCUUGUGGUAAUCGUUCGUACAAUGCAGCAAUCGGACUUUGAGGAAGAGCUUCGGCACCUUAAAAAAUACAACGAAGUUCGCAAAAAACAGUUCUUUCCGCAGCCUGUCACUGUUUCUGGACAAUAA